AUGGUUGAGCGCGCUAAAUACAGCAGACGACGCAAACACGAUGAGGACGAUGACAUCGACUACAUCAACGAACGUAACAUGAAGUUCAACAAAAAUUUGGAACGCUUCUACGGACAGUACACUGCAGAGAUCAAACAAAACCUUGAGAGAGGAACUGCCAUUUAA